CCCAGUGUCACCAGCCUGGUGGCCCUGAGAAAGUUCCACUGCAAGGGGCCCCAUGCAAGAGGCAUCACCAUUUCCCUCUUCCACCCUGUCUAGGUUGCCAGAAAAUCUCAAGAGCUCUCAGGGACUGAGACUGGACCCCAGGUCUCUCCUUGGCGCAGAUGAGUUUCCGCAUCACCGGCCCCAGACUGUUGCUAUUGGGACUCCAGCUGUUUGCCGAGGCCUGGAGCUAUAACCUGGACACGCGGCAUGCGCAGAGCUUCUUGGCGCACGCUGGAAGACACUUUGGGUACCGGGUGUUGCAGGUUGGAGAUGGGGUUGUCGUGGGAGCUCCAGGUGAGGGGAACAACACGGGAAGCCUCUAUGAGUGUCACCCAAGCAGUCGUUCCUGCCAGCCACUCAGCCUGCAUGGUUCUAACUAUACCUCCAAAUACCUGGGAAUGACCUUAGUGACAGACGCCGCCGACGGAAGCCUUUUGGCCUGUGAUCCUGGACUGUCUCGGACAUGCGAUCAGAACACCUACCUCAGUGGCCAGUGUUACCUCUUUCCCCAGAGUCUGGGGGGACCUGUGUUACAAGGGCGUCCUGCUUAUCAGGAAUGUAUGAAGGGCAAGGUCGACCUAGUGUUUCUGUUCGACGGCUCCAUGAGCUUGAGUCAAAAUGAGUUUGAAAAAAUCGUGGACUUCAUGAAAGACGUGAUGAGGAAACUCAGCAACACCUCCUAUCAGUUUGCUGCUGUUCAGUUUUCCACAAAGUACAGAACAGAAUUUACUUUCUCGGAUUAUGCUACAGAGAAGGACCCCGACGUUCUGCUACGCAAUGUCACACACAUGCGCCUAUUGACCAAUACCUUUGGCGCUAUCAACUACGUAGCGACGAACGUGUUCAAAGAAGAGUCUGGUGCCCGGCCAGAUGCUACCAAGGUGCUUAUCAUCAUCACAGAUGGGGAAGCUACUGAUAAUGCGAACAUCGACGCCGCCCGAGACAUCACCCGCUACAUCAUUGGGGUUGGAAGGCAUUUUAGGAACACAAAAAGUCAGCAGAGUCUCCACAUAUUUGCCUCAGAACCCAUAAGUGAUUUUGUCAAGAUUCUAGACACAUUUGAGAAGCUCAAGGACCUGUUUGAUGAACUGCAGAAUAGGAUCUAUGCAAUUGAGGGCACAAACUUACAGGACAGGACUUCCUUUUCCAUGGAACUUUCCUCCAGCGGGAUCAGCGCAGACCUCAGCAAGGGCCAUGCAGUUGUGGGAGCAGUUGGAGCCAAGGACUGGGCUGGCGGCUUUCUGGACCUCAAUGGAGACUUGCAGAAUGCCACAUUUGUUGGGAACGAACCACUGACCUCAGAUAUGAGAGAUGGCUAUCUGGGUUACACCGUGGCCUGGCUGCCCUCCCACAGCUCCGCCUCACUCCUGGCUGUGGGCGCCCCGCGAUACCAGCACGUGGGACAGGUGCUGCUCUUCCAAGCACCUCAGGCCGGAGGACACUGGAGUCAGACCCAGAAACUCGAAGGGACUCAGAUUGGAUCUUAUUUUGGUGGGGAACUAUGUAGCAUUGACUUGGACCAGGAUGGUGAGACAGAGCUAUUGCUGAUUGGGGCGCCCCUGUUCUAUGGGGAGCAGAGAGGAGGCCGAGUGUUCAUUUACCAGGGAAGAAAGGUGUUCAGCAUAGUCUCAGAGCUGCAGGGUGACCCUGGCUACCCACUUGGGCGGUUUGGAGCUGCCAUAGCUGCCCUGACAGACAUCAAUGGGGAUGGGCUGACAGACGUGGCCGUGGGAGCCCCUCUGGAGGAACAGGGAGCUGUGUAUAUCUUCAAUGGGCAGCCCGGAGGGCUCAAUUCCCAGCCAAGCCAGAGAAUACAAGGAACCCAGGUGUCCCCAGGGAUCCGGUGGUUUGGACGGUCCAUCCAUGGGGUGAAGGACCUUGGAGGGGACAGGCUGGCAGACGUAGUUGUAGGAGCUGAGAGCCGGGUGAUUGUGCUGAGCUCGAGGCCGGUGGUGGACGUUGUCACUGAGAUGUCCUUCUCCCCAAACGAAAUCCCGGUGCAUGAGGUGGAGUGCUCCUUCUCAGCCAGUGAGGAGCAGAAGAAAGGAGUCACCCUCGAGGUGUGCUUCCAGAUCCAGGCCCUCACGCCUCAGUUUCAAGGUAGCCUGCUGGUCAACCUUAGCUACACCCUGCAGCUGGACGGCCACCGGACGAGGAGCAGAGGUCUGUUCUCGGGAGGGAGCCACAAGCUCAGCGGGAACACACCUGUCACCCCCAAGAAAACCUGCAAGGACUUCCUGUUUCACUUCCCGAUCUGCAUUCAAGACCUCAUCUCCCCUAUCAAUGUCUCUCUGAAUUUCUCCCUUUUGGAGGAAGAAGGAACACCGAGGGACCAAAAGAUGGGCACAGAUACGCAGCCCAUCCUGAGACCUUCAAUCCACGCAGUGACAACGGAGAUCCCUUUUGAGAAGAACUGUGGUGAGGACAAGAAAUGUGAGGCAAACCUGGCCCUGCUGUCCCCUCCCAGUUCCAGAGUCCUGCAGCUGACUUCCUCUGCCAGCCUUGCUGUGGAGUGGACAUUGAGCAACUCGGGAGAAGAUGCUUACUGGGUGCAGCUGAGCUUGGGCUUCCCCCCAGGACUCUCCUUCCGUAAGGUGGAGAUGCUUGAGCCACACAGCCGAAUACCUGUGAGCUGCCAGGAGGUGGCCGAGGAGUCGAGACUCCUGAGCAAGACACUGGCCUGCAAUGUAAGCUCUCCUAUCUUCAAAGCAGGCCGACAGGUGAGCCUCCGGGUGAUGUUCAACACACUGCUCAACAGCUCCUGGGGAGAUUUUGUUGAGCUGAACGGCACUGUGCACUGUGAGAACGAGGACUCAAACCUCCUGCAGGACAACUCAGCCGCCACCCGCAUCCCGGUCCUGUACCCUGUCAACAUCCUUAUUGAAGACCAGGAGAACUCCACACUGUACACCAGCUUCACCCCCAAAGGUCCUAAGACCCAACAAGUCCAGCACAUCUACCAGGUGAGGAUUCAGCCUUCGGCCUACGACCACAACAUGCCCACACUGGAGGCCUUGGUUGGGGUGCCGCAGCCUCACAGUGAGAGCCCCAUCACACACACAUGGACUGUACAGAUGGAGCCUCCUGUCACUUGCCACCGUGAGGACCUGAAGAGGCCAUCCGAUGAAGCUGAUUCUUGUCUGCCUGGAAUUUUGUUCCGCUGCCCACUUGUCUUCAGGCGGGAGACCCUCAUCCAAGUGACCGGGACAGUGGAACUCUCGGAGGAGAUCAAGGCCUCCUCCACGCUCAACCUCUGCAGUUCGGUCUCCAUCUCCUUCAACAGCAGCAAGCAUUUCCAUCUGUACGGCAACAAAUCCUCCACCGCUCAGGUCCUCAUGAAGGUUGACGUGGUCUAUGAGAAGGAGAUGACGCACCUGUAUGUGCUCAGCAGUAUUGGGGGGCUGGUGCUUCUCUCGCUGAUUUUCCUAGCGCUCUACAAGGUUGGCUUCUUCAAAAGGAACCUGAAGGAGAAGAUGGAGGCCGAUGGAAGUGUCCUGAACGGAAGCCCUGGCGAAGACGCGGACCCUCUGGCAGCAUCUGGAGAAGAGACCAAAGAUCCGGGCUGCUUAGAGCCCCUCCAUGAGGGGGACAAGGACACUGAGGCCUAGGUCUGAUACUCCAACAGCCCAGGACUAGACUCGAGAGCACUGGCACUAACCAGCUUCAGCCACGUGACGCUGUGUACCCUAUCCUUGGCUAGUCAUGGCUGUUCCUAGCCCUAAAUUUCCUUGUUGUGGGCAUAGAGCUCCUACCUAUCUACAGGUGUGGGAUAAGACUCUGCGGAG